AUGCCACCCCUUCCAAACUUCCAUUUUUGCGACCCAGCUAACAAGUUCCAGCGCCUCGCCCGCGCCCUUGACAGGCCUCUAUUCCCCUGGAAGAAGCUCAUCAUCGGCUUCUCCCUCGCACAAUACGUCUUCGAAGGAUUCCUCUCCCUCCGCCAAUACCAAGUCCUGAAGCAGACCAAACCGCCCAAGGUGUUGAAGAAUGAAGUGUCGCAAGAAGUCUUCGACAAAUCCCAAGCAUACGGCCGCGCGAAAGCCAAGUUCGGUCUCUUCAGCGGGCUCUUCGGCCAGAUCCAAAACACAGCAUUCAUCUACUACGACAUCCUCCCCAAACUCUGGGCCCUGACUGGAUCAUGGCUCCUAUCCUACGCACCUGCACGCUUCAGCGGCGAAAUCUCGCACUCCAUCGUCUUCGUCCUCACGUUCAUCGUUAUCCAACAGGUUAUCUCGCUACCAACUUCCAUCUACCAUACCUUUGUGCUGGAAGAGAAAUUCGGGUUCAACAAGCAGACGCCCAAGCUCUUUGUUAUGGAUAUGUUGAAGUCGCAAAUGCUGGCUUUUGUUCUGGCUCCUCCGAUCUUGGCUGGUUUCUUGGCUAUUGUGCAGAAGACUGGGAAUAGCUUCUUUUAUUACCUUUGGAUGUUUGGUGCUGGAUUACAGGUCUUCAUGAUUACUAUCUACCCGAUUACGAUCUUGCCGCUUUUCAAUAAGCUUUCUCCACUGCAGCCUGGCGAUUUGAAGACUGGUGUUGAGGCACUGGCUGAGAGGUUGAAGUUCCCGCUGCAUGAACUAUAUGUUAUUGAUGGUAGCAAGCGGAGUGCGCAUAGCAAUGCGUAUUUCUUUGGAAUGCCGUGGAAGAAGCAUAUUGUCAUCUAUGAUACAUUGAUUGAAAAGAGCGAGACACAGGAAGUUGUUGCUGUUCUUGCACACGAACUUGGUCACUGGAGCUUAGGUCACACUACGAGGCUGUUUGGAAUCUCUCAGGCUCAUUUCUUCUACAUUUUCGCCCUGUUCUCCGUCUUCAUUAACAACAAGUCCCUCUACCAAUCCUUUGGCUUCCACAAUGAAUUCCCCAUCAUAAUCGGCUUCAUCCUAUUCUCGGACGCUCUUGCGCCAAUGGAUACAGUCAUCAAGCUUCUGAUGAACAUCCUGAGCCGGAAAUACGAGUUCCAAGCCGAUGAAUUCGCGCAGGGGUUGGGAUACUCGACAGAGCUGGCUCGUUCUUUGAUCAAGCUCCAGAUCCAGAAUCUGAGCACGAUGGAUGCGGAUUGGAUGUAUGCUAGCUACCAUUUCUCGCAUCCGAUUUUGUCGGAGAGAUUGGGUGCACUUGGAUGGGUUGAUGAGACGGAUGUAGUGUCGGAUGAGAAGGAUGAAAAGGCCGAGAAGGCCAGUGGGAGAGAGCUGUAA